UUCCGAAAUGAGUGCGAGGCAGCGAGUCAGGGCGAGUCAGGGCGACUCGGGCGAGUUGGGGAUUCACAACGAGCGCGUCUUGUUCCUUGUGUUCGAGUCCAUGAAAUGGGACAUCCACGCGCUCUGCUCCACGGCCUCGGUGAACAGAAAGCUACGCGCCGUCGUCAACCGCCUGCUGUGGCGCUCCGUCUGCCUCUACCGCGCGCCGCGGAUGAUCGCGACGCUGACGAACGGCUCGCUCAACGGCCGGAUCGGCGGCGGGUGGCACACGCUCGCCAAGCUCAUGUUCUUCUGCUGCGGCUGCAAGCCGACUCGGCAUUUCCGGCUGAGUCAACCCACAGCCGGUCACCGAGUCAAGGCUUCGCGGUUCUCCAAGACCUCCGGGCAGAGCUUCCUGUCGAAGAGCUGCAAGGGGGACCUGCUCUACGUCAGCGACAUGUGCGAGCACCAGACCGGGGACAAGGAGGAGGAUCAGCUGGGGAUCUACCGAGGGGUAUUUCGGGGAUUUCAUAGGUCGAGGACGAGGGCGUGCCUGAUAGAGCGGCGGGUGAAGCUGGAGGAGAGCGUCAUGUGCCCUUACUGUGCGGCCCCUGUGUGGAGCAUGACCGCGGCUCGGCUCGUCCCCAAGAGCGCGGCGCGAAGGCUCGGCUCGCACGACGGGUCGUUGGAGUACUUCGUGUGCGUCAAUGGGCACUUGUACGGCAGCUGCUGGCUGGUGCCGUUGUCGUCGGAUGAGGAUGGAUAUGAGGAGGAGGAGGAGGAUGUGGAAUGUUUUGAGGACGGUCGCCGGAGAAUUAGCUACGACGACCGGACGAUGACGAGUGGAAGCUUUGGCUCGACGGGAGAGGAAGUUGUGGAGGACUAG